GUAAAGUUUUCCAAGAUGUCUCAGCCUUUCAAGAUAACAGCUUUUGAGAGAGCAUUCUUUUUUGUUGGCCCUUCAGGUCAAGGUUCCUUCUACUCUUCAGCAUUUAGUUUCCAGUUUGAAUCGUCAAAUUUAAAUGAAUCAUCAAAUUUAAGUGAAAACAGUAAGACAGUUUCAAAAGAUUACAGCACCAUGGAGGUGAGCAAAACAGCCAGUGAAUUAGCAUGCACAACUAUUCAGAACCAGCAGCUGUUUGCUGCCAUGGCCGACACCUUUCUGGAACAUAUGUGUCGUUUGGAUAUCGAUUCGGAGCCCACCGUUGCCCGAAACACUGGAAUCAUCUGCACCAUUGGCCCAGCCUCCCGAUCUGUGGACAAGCUAAAAGAAAUGAUAGCAGCUGGAAUGAAUGUGGCCCGUCUAAAUUUCUCCCAUGGAACUCAUGAGUACCAUGCAGAAACUAUCAAAAAUGUGCGCACAGCUACAGAAAACUUUACUUCUGAUCCUGUUUAUUACCGUCCCAUUGCUAUAGCCUUGGACACCAAAGGACCAGAAAUCCGGACUGGACUCAUCAAGGGUAGUGGCACGGCUGAAGUGGAGCUAAAGAAGGGCAAUACACUCAAAGUAACUUUGGAUAAUGCCUAUAUGGAGAAAUGUGAUGAAAAUAUCCUGUGGGUAGACUACAAAAACAUUUGCAAGGUAGUGGACGUUGGUGGCAAAAUCUUUGUGGACGAUGGGCUCAUUUCUCUUCUUGUGAAGGAAAAAGGUCAGGAUUUCCUUAUAACUGAAGUGGAGAAUGGUGGUAUGCUGGGCAGCAAGAAGGGUGUGAACCUUCCCGGGGCAGCUGUAGACUUGCCUGCUGUAUCUCAGAAGGAUAUCCAAGAUCUACAGUUUGGAUUAGAGCAAGGAGUGGAUAUGAUAUUUGCAUCUUUCAUCCGAAAGGCUGCUGAUGUUCAUGCAGUCAGAGAGGUCCUGGGAGAAAAAGGAAGGAACAUCAAGAUCAUCAGCAAGAUUGAAAACCAUGAAGGAGUCCGAAGAUUUGAUGAGAUCUUGGAAGCCAGUGAUGGCAUCAUGGUUGCUCGGGGUGACUUGGGUAUUGAGAUCCCAGCAGAAAAAGUCUUCCUUGCCCAGAAGAUGAUGAUUGGAAGAUGUAAUCGAGUUGGGAAACCUGUUAUUUGUGCCACUCAGAUGCUUGAGAGCAUGAUUAAGAAGCCACGCCCCACACGUGCUGAAGGUAGUGAUGUAGCCAAUGCUGUUCUGGAUGGAGCUGAUUGUAUCAUGCUGUCUGGAGAGACUGCCAAAGGAGACUAUCCAGUAGAAGCUGUGCGGAUGCAACACUUGAUUGCCCGAGAGGCAGAGGCCGCCAUCUAUCACACGCAGUUGUUUGAGGAGCUUCGCCGCCUAGCCCCUAUAACCAAGGAUCCCACUGAAGCUGCUGCCGUGGGUGCCGUAGAGGCUUCUUUCAAGUGUUGCAGUGGGGCCAUUAUCGUCCUCACCAAGUCUGGAAGGUCUGCUCAUCAGGUGGCCAGGUACCGUCCUAGGGCUCCCAUCAUAGCUGUGACUCGUUGUGCUCAGGCUGCACGUCAGGCCCAUCUUUAUCGAGGUGUCUUCCCUGUGCUGUGCAAAGAUGCUGUUCAUGAAUCAUGGGCUGAAGAUGUGGACCUCAGGGUUAAUUUAGCCAUGAAAGUUGGAAAAGCUCGAGGCUUUUUCAAGAAAGAUGAUGUGGUCAUUGUUCUAAAUGGUUGGCGUCCAGGUCCAGGCUUUACCAACACUAUGCGGGUGCUGCCAGUGCCAUAAAAGAAUAUGAAGAUGUUCUUGUGGGUGACUUCAGCACAGUCCCUUCCCUGCUCCUGCCUGCAUCCAUUAGAUCUGCAGCUGUUAUUGGUGUUGUCCGUACCUAGCUAGUAGAGGCUUUACACAGCUAAAACAGUCCUAAAAAAAACCCACAAUUAAAGUCUCUUCUUAAAGAAACUUACCUUCCUUCCUCCGCAACUAGAAACAUCAUUAUCAGUUUAGCACACCUAGUGGUGUGUAAAGAUAGAGCAGCUGUGGCUUAGCUUGGGGUACCGCAGACCAUUCUUGACAUGGGAUUAAAGUACAUGCAUCAGUAUUGUGUUUUAAAUUGAUCUAGAUGUUACACACAUUAAGUAAACACUAGCCACAGUCCCUCUAAGUACAAGUUCUCAAUGUAUAUUGAGCCUCUACUUUUCUGACCAGAGGAACUCUCCACCCUUUCUCCACCUCAAUCAUGUAAAUAAGAUUCUUGAUUUCAUUCACUUGUUAAAAAUUAAAUAGAAGUUGAAUCCAGCUGCUAAAAACCAAAUGAAUAAUGUCAUCAUUUAGCAAUAGUGUCCUCUAGUAAAAACACUCCUCCUUGGCAGGGAGGAAGGAGCUUCCAAUUAUAUGCCACUUUUUUUCUCCAGUUGCAGAAGGGAUUCUAGAAUAGAAAGGAAAUUUCUCACUGUCCCAGGCAGCAGGCUUUACCACACUCCUUGCCUACGACCCAACCCUCAACUUUCUCACAUUGUGUGAGUGAACUUCCAAUAUUUCAAUCUGAAACGUACACUCCUGUUGUCCUGUAUUUGACUGUAGAGUACAUCACUUGUCAAUAAACAUGAGCUGAAGCACUG